AUGGCCCGAGCUGCGGCCGGUCGGCCCGCGGCCUCUGCCGCUGGGCAGGAGCGCUCCCCGCGGCCCCCUUCCGGCUGCGGGGGACAAUCCUCUGGAGAUUCGGCGCGGCCAGGCGCAAACCUCUCACAGCUCGCGUGCGCCGCGCAGCUCAGUAACAUCCACCUCCGGGGCUCCUCUCCUGUAGCCCCCUUCCAAGAACCAGGAAAAAAAAAAAAAGGCAAAUUCCCUUCAGGAGGGCUCUCCCGGUCUAUCCGGAAGGCGAGCUGGGGAGCGGCGGGGAGAGGAGUGUGUGACUGGCCGGCCGCCCCGCCGCUGUGCUCGGACCAGAGUUCUCCUCGGGGUCCAGUCGCUCCUCGAGGGAAAGGCGGGAGUGGCGGCCUCCUGACGCGUGAAAAUCCACGUCACGGACGUUUGAGGCUCCGCGGCGCCCGGGACGGGGCUCGAACCGGCGUCCACGGACGAGUCACGGAGCCGCGCAGGGAGUACACGCCUGAGAGGCCCGACCGCCGCUCCCCGCGGGUGGGGGCACUUGGACUCGCCGCGCGCUCCGCCGCCCCGGCGAAGAGUGGAGCGGAGAGGGCCGCUCGCCAGCUCGCCCGCCGCCCGCACCCGCUGCCAUGUGCUGGCUGUUGCUGCUCCCUGUGAUUGACAGGCGG